AGGCUGAGAUCUGGGGAUUGCGUUUGCUGGAUCCACAAUUUUUUUCCUAUGAACCAAAAAAUGGGUUUGAAGCUGCUCAAGGGACUGGUUUUCCUCCUUCUAACAGGACUUGGGAUUUUUGGAAACGUCUCUGUUUUUGUGCAUUAUAUGUGCAAUAUUGGGGAAAGCACUGAGAAGAAAUCUGUACAAUUUAUUCUGAUCCAUGUGGUUUUUACAAAUAUUAUAAUGCUUCUUUCCAAAGGAUUGCCAAGAACAAUAGCAACUUUGGGAUUGAGAAACUUCCUAGAUGAUCUAAACUGCAUGAGUGUUAUUUACCUGCAGAGGGUGUCUCGGGGCCUUUCCAUCUGUACCAGCAGUCUCCUCACAGUGGUCCAGGCCAGCACCAUCAGCCCUAGAGCUUCUUUGUGGAGGAGGAUCAAGCCAAGGUCUGCAUGGCGCAUCCUUCCUUUGUUGCUCUUCUUUUGGAUUCUCAAUUCUUUCAUUAGCAUGAACUUGCUAAACUCCAUCAGAAAUACUAGCUUACUCGGAUCUCAAUUUGGUGGAAGUGAGCACUAUUGUUAUUUUCUACCAGGAAGUCAGAAAAUAAACAGUAUUUUUCUCACUUUCAUGGCCAUGAGAGAUACCCUGUCUCAGAGUGUCAUGGCUGUGUCCAGUGGCUACAUGGUAUUUCUUCUCUACAAGCACCACCAGCAUGUUCUAUAUUUUCGAAACUCCAAGUUUCUCUACAAAACUCCUGCUGAGAUGAAAGCUGCUCACAGUGUUCUCCUUCUGAUGCUUUGUUUUCUUUUCUUUUAUUGGACAGAAUGUUUGAUUUCUUUAUAUUUAACUAUCUCUUCACAGAGUAAUUCCAUAUUAGUAAUUAUUCAAGAAUUUCUAACCCUUGGUUAUGCGAUCCUUAGCCCCUUUGUACUGAUUCACAGAGCUGGACAUCUAGCUGCAUGUUGGCUAGCUCACUGGAGAGAAAGACAUUGA